UAUUAUAUUAUAUUUAUUAUACGAUCAAAAUGAAAACGAAGCUCGCAUGAAUCAAUUGUAUAUUAUUUAUGAUUAUGAUUUAAAAUGAAAUUAUAUAUAAUAUAAUUUAAAUUUAUAUCACGAUUUAUAGUAUUUCAAAAUUAUGACAAAGCAAGCCUAAGAAAUGGCGAAGAAUUAAGAGAAAAAUUUGAUCCUACUGGUUAGAAUUUUCGUUCUUAUGAAGAAAUUUCUUCAAAUUUAGUUCUAUGUUUCAACUAUUAGAUCAAUAUUUUAUAGAACAUCAACAUAUUCGAUACAAUCCUUUAAAGGGAGAAUGGGUAUUAGUAUCACCACAUCGAAUGAAACGACCAUGGGGAGGACAAAUUGAAUCAAAUGUAGAAGAAGAUCUUCCAGAUUAUGACCCUAAUAAUCCACUUUGUCCAGGCAAUAUUAGAGCUAGUGGACAGAUAACUCCAAUAUAUGAAAAUACAUAUUCAUUCAUUAAUGACUUUCCUGCAUUAUUGGAAUCAGUUCCCAGCCCAUCAAAAUCAGAAGAUGAAUUAUUUCAAAUGGAUGCUGCUAGAGGUAUUUGUAAAGUAAUGUGUUUUCAUCCAAAAUCAAAUGUAACAAUAGCACUUAUGAAAAUUUCUGAAAUUAAAGAAGUGAUUAAAAGAUGGAUUUUUGAAAUGCUUGAGUUGGGAGAAAAAUGGACUUGGGUACAAAUAUUUGAAAAUCGUGGUGCUUUAAUGGGAUGUAGCAAUGCUCAUCCUCAUUGUCAAAUUUGGGCUAGUUCAUUUUUACCAAAUGAAGCUAAAAUAAAGGAUAGAUUUCUCAGUGAUUAUUAUAAUCGCAAUAAGAAACCACUUCUUAUAGAUUAUGUGCAAAAAGAGCUUUUUAAAAAGGAACGCAUUGUAUUAGAUAAUCGAGAUUGGGUAGUUUUAGUACCAUUUUGGGCAAUAUGGCCUUAUGAAACUAUGGUAUUACCCAAAAAACAAAUAUCUAGAAUGCAAGAUUUAACAGAAAGUCAACAAGAAUCAUUAGCUGUUAUUAUGAAAAUUUUAUGUACUAAAUAUGAUAAUUUAUUCCAUUGUUCAUUUCCCUAUUCUAUGGGUUGGCAUGGUGCACCAACUGGUCCAUAUGUAAAACAAGAUUAUCCUUACUGGACAUUUCAUGGAAUUUAUUUACCUCCUUUGUUGCGUUCAGCUACUGUAAAAAAACAUAUGGUUGGAUAUGAACUUCUUGCACAAGCCCAAAGAGAUUUAACACCAGAACGAGCAGCAGAAAAAUUAAGAACUUUAUCAGAUUCUCAUUAUAAACAUCCAGAAACAAGUUUAACUAAUUGUGAAAUAGAAAAAUAUUCUAAAUAAAUCAAUUCACAUUUUAUAUAUAACUAUAUAUUUUUAUAAAUAUAUAUGUUAUUCAUAUAUAUAUUAUUUAUAAAAGUGUAAUAUUGAACAUUACUUAAUUAUACAUAUAUUAAUUAUAUGAAUAAAAAUCAAUGGAUAUUGUAAUAA